UGUGACGUCAUGCCAGCAAGCCAAUCAAAUUGCAACUGGCUAUCCUAUCUUUAAAAUUCGAACGUCGCGUCUGGUGUGCGCGUGCGACGCGUCGCGUCGCCGCUCUGGACAUAUGAUCCAUCACAACAUUCACACACAGCCCAUGCUAUUUAGCAUAUGUGUACAGUCAGCAGCAAAUAAAAAUGGAUGCGCUGACAUCUGGCUCGCAUAGACUAGUGCAUAUAGAUCUUAAGGGAGCGCCCCCCCGAGUUAGUUAUUUCGAAAAGUUAUUUCCUCUUCUUCGAGCUUUGGGUGCAACAGGGUUGUUACUAGAGUGGGAAGAUACAUUCCCAUAUACCAGAGAACUUUCGCCGAUUGGGAGUAAUGGUCCAAGCAGUCUUUCAAGUGGGUACACAGCACAGGAGGCUCGUCAAAUUCUACAAAUGGCAGGAGACUCUGGGUUAGCUGUUAUACCACUCAUACAAACUUUUGGACACAUGGAGUUUGUAUUGAAACACGAUGAAUGGAGAUCUUUACGAGAAGUAGCUUUAUUCCCAAGUUCCAUGUGCCCAUCUAAUCCAGGAUCACAACCUUUAGUGAAGUCAAUGAUUAGACAAAUAGUCACGUUUCAUCCAGACAUUCAAUAUCUGCAUAUAGGUGCAGAUGAAGUUUGGCAUUUGGGUUUAUGUUCAGUUUGUACUAAACGUGCAAGUUCCAGCAAGCAUGGGAAGGCUUCCCUGUUUUUGGAGCAUGUGCUUGCGAUAGCACAGUAUAUCAAAGAGACUUAUCCUUAUCUCAAAAUCAUCAUGUGGGAUGAUAUGCUCAGAUCUAUAGAUUUACAAGUUUUAAAUGAACAUUACAUAGGAAAAUAUGUAGAGCCAAUGAUCUGGCAUUACAAUGCAAGAGAAAAUUUUGCUUUACCACCAGAUAUGUGGGACAAAUAUGGCGUGGUAUUUCCACACAUAUGGGCAGCUACAGCAUUCAAAGGAGCUACUGGUUCAUGUCAACACAUUCCUACAAUAAGGCAUCAUAUAAGCAACCACGAAAGGUGGCUUGAAGAACUGAGUAUACAUGUAACCAAAAUUAUUGAAUUUAGGGGGACUGUUUUUACAGGUUGGUCUAGGUAUGACCAUUACGCGACAAUGUGUGAACUUUUACCCACAGGAAUUCCAUCAUUAGCAAUAUGUUUAAAAGUGUGGCUUCACGGUUAUACUGAGCAGACACAUAAUCAAGUUGCCAAAAGUUUAGGAUACAUCGAUCAUCCAUUAUUUGUUACUCCACAGCCUAGGCCAGUACCAAUACCAAAUAAUUUGAACUUUCCUGGCUGGCAGGUAGCUGUGGGCAUAGAGUGGUUUUUAAACUAUAAAACUAAAUUUCACGGACUUGUAAAUAGUGAACAAAUAUUAACUUGGAUGAAUCCAUGGCAAGUUGGGAACAACUACACUAACCCCAUGCAACUAGAAAGUUUAGUGCCAGCAUUUACAGACAUGUUGCUGGAGCUUUCAGCACUAGAAAACUACAUGCGCGUCCAAAUGGACUUUAUCUAUUUCACAGCAACAUUAGACGAGUGGAUGGGUACAAAUGUUCAACCCCUGAAAGAAAAACUCAUGAAGCUGAAGCAAACAGCUGAGAAUCAGAUCAAACUUAACAGCAGAAUGUAGACUGCUGCAAGCAAUCAUUAUUAAUUGUACAUAAAAACAACACAUUAAAUGUUAAACUAUAUAUCUUAGAUGUAACAUACGUGUCAAAAUAUAGGUAUAUGAUAUAGUUUUCAUAUUAAAAACA